AUGGCCUCAGCCGCGACCACGAGCACCACCAUGGGUUGCUAUCUUCACGGACCACGCAACUUGCGAAUUGAGGAACGCCCAGUCAAUUCCUUGGGCGAAUUGGACGUCCAGGUGCAGCUGCGUUCGGUGACCUUGUGCGGAUCGGACGUCCACUACCAUCGACACUAUCGCAACGGCAGCAUACAAGUACGCGAGCCAUUGUGCCUCGGACAUGAGGCAGCGGGUAUAGUGACUGCGGUAGGGUCUUCAGUACGAUCAGAUCUCAAGGUCGGCGACGCUGUGGCUCUUGAAUGUGGCAUUCCGUGCGGCGCCUGUGACCUUUGCCACAACGGACGGUACAACGUGUGCCCUCAAUUGAGGUUUCGAAGCUCCGGCUCCAAGUUCCCGCACUUUCAAGGCACUCUCCAACAGUCAGUCAUCCAUCCAGCGCAUUGGGUGCACAAGCUGGACCUAGAGCUGUCCUGCGAUGUAGGCGCGCUUCUCGAGCCCUUGGCCGUGACCGUGCAAGCUGAGCGCCGAUCACGAGCAUUCAAAGGUUCCAUUCUCUCGGGUGCACGGGAUACAAAUUUGAUUUUUGGUGCUGGGGCGAUCGGCCUGCUGUAUUCACUUGCUGCUCAGGCUGAAGGCUCCCGAGAUAUUGUCAUGGUCGAUAUCGACGCGGGACGCCUCGACUUUGCUCUCAAGAACGGAUACGCCAGCGCCAUAUAUCAGGUUCCAAUAACGAAGGCAAACUCUGUUGAAGAGAAGAAGGAACAAGCCAAGGAGACAGCUAAGCAUAUUUCAGAACUGAUAUGGCCUGAUGGGGAAUCCGUUGGCUCAGUACAGCGUACAAUUGAGUGCACGGGAGUUGAAUCAUGCCUGCUCUCGUCCAUCUAUGCAACGAGGAAUGGAGGGACUGUCGUACUCGUCGGGAUGGGCCAGCCAGACCACAUCUUGCCUAUUUCCGACAUAUCGUCGCGCGAGAUCAAUCUCAUCCCCACCUGGCGGUAUGCUAACUGCUACCCGAAAGCCAUCGAAAUUGCGAAAGCUUCUGUGACUGGCACGCCUUUGAAAGGUGUCCGGCUCCCAAACAUUGAGAAGCUCAUUACUCACACUUAUGAUGGAUUGGCACAGAUCGAGCAGGCAUUUGAGUAUGCGGGGAGAACAAGGGACGACGCAGGUAAACUGAUUUUGAAGGUAGCGGUGCAUCCGCAAUGA